AUGGCAAGAAUAGCUGCGGAAAAUGAGACGUUUCAAAAGCGGCGGGCUGUCGUCUCACUUGCGAUAAUUUUUUCCUUCAUUGCGUUUAUGGCGGUCCGUCAGCCAUCAGUCAUUUGGGCUCAAAGGGAAUCUUUCUUGUAUGUAACCAUCGAGAUUGACGAUGUGAAGAUUGAGGAUCUCACAGCUGACAGCUCAAAAUUGCAUUUUAAGGGUAUAAGCCACACUGAAGUUUACGAAACAACAAUGGAGUUUUUCGCCGAAAUCAAUGGUGAAGGAAUGAAGCGGACUCCUACAAAUACUCGAGUUAUCGAACUGACUAUCCCUAAGAAGGAGUCCAAAUGGUGGCCUCGACUUUUGAAGGAGAAGGGGAAGGUGCACUGGCUAAAAGUAGAUUUUGAUAAAUGGAAGGAUGAAGACGAUUCUGGUGCCGAAGAUGGUAUGCCAUACGGUGGUGACGCAGGAUUUGAUCUCAACUCCUAUAUGAACCAAAUGGGAGGCGGUGGUGCUCCUGAUUUUGAUGGCCUUGAUGAUGAUGACGACGGUGAUAUGCCAGAUUUGGAAGACGAUGAUGAUGAGGCGAAAAAGGAAGACAAAAAAGAAGAGAAUGCUGAGAAGGAGGAAAAAACAGAGGAAAAGGAAAAUAAGGACUAA